GGAACCUGUGAGGAGGGAAGAACAAAGACUUUAGGGAAAAGGCAAAGUUUGUAAUUUGGGUUUAUGACAGUGAUAAAAAAGUGACCUAUAAUGAUAACAGCAGCAGGUGUUUUAGAACCCUUAUUUAUGGAUUGUUUACUUAUGACAUUAUAAACAAUUUAUGGCAUUUCUAGAGUAACAUUUCCAGGUAUAUUACACAGUACCAUACUUUACAAUGUUGCUUUAAGCAUGCAGUAACUUACAAUGUGUUGGCUAGCUUGUUUACAGGCCACAACUUGUUGAAUUCAGCUGCGAUCUGUGUUCAGGCCGCGUUGCUUUAAAAACGUGUAUUUUCUACAUGACAUGGGAACGGCAAUAAUAUGAUAUGGGUACAGCAACAACCUAACGCAUUAGCAACACCAAACACACGGAAAAUACUCUAUGGUGUUUACUUUUGAUCCAGUUCAUGUUGAACGCUAGCAUGCUCCGAGCUAGCAUGCUCCAAGCUAGCAUGCUAACUAGCAAACUAUCUGCGCUAACGCUAACUAGCUUACCAAAAUAACAGUCUUUCCCGUAUCGAGUGGGCAGCACAAGUAAAAUAACUGGUUAUAGUUCCAGGUGUGCUUCAUUCAAACACUCACGUACUUACAGAGUAUUGGGGCCGGUAGCCGUGGUUGUAUCAGCCCGUUCACCUCGCUCUGCUCCCGGUGGAAGCGUCUUGCGCAUGCGCGUUACAGAUGUGAUCAGAGUUACGUGUUUUCAACUAAUGUUUGAAACGGCCCGCAUUAUUUUGUCCUUAAAGCAUGUUGUUAACGACACACACUCUGUAUUUCCAUAUCCAUGACGUUUUAAGAAAAAUCUUAAAUGCGUUGAAAUCACGUCUUUGUACAGAAAUCUGGGGCAUUUGGCAUUAGUGACAGGGACGUGUAGGUUGCUCCAUCUAAGAUCAUUCCAGUCAUGACAUGGGAAAAAAAAUAUUGUGAAAAAAGUCAAAAUAUGUAGGGUCAAAAAAGAAAAGAAUUUGUUUAAAUAAUAGGUAAAAAAUUAUUAUAAAAAAAUAUAUGUAAGGUCAAUAUAUAUAUAGUAUAAUAUAUAAUAUAGAUAUAUAGAUAUUAUUAGGGCCGAGACUCAAUUAAUAAUAUUAAUCUAAUUAUAUAUUAUUAAUUAUAAAAGUUAAAUAAAUAGCUGAUUGACAGUGACACCUGUUCCUCUCUUGAGAACAUUAAAGUACUCAAAAACACCAACAUCUGAGCCCCAGUAAUGCCCUCACAUGCCUUAUGAUUACAUUACUUCUUCCAGUUAGUCAGGUGACUCCUUCUGGCUGGCAGCAUAGGGCUCUCUUGUGCAACACUGCUGACAAUGAAUGAUCCAAUGGCUUCGGCUUUUAAAUGAAGUGUGACCUCCUCUGAGCUGGCUGUUCAUUAACUCAAACCUGCUGAUUUGCCUCUGUAUUUUCCAAUUCUUGCCUUUAAUGCAAGUACAAGUGACACCGUCUACCAGUCGUAUGUUGGAGUCCCCCUUAGUGACUUCCUGCCCCCCUUCCCUCCUCUUCCUUCCCGCCACAGUAUGCUGCCUGCUCUAUAUGUGGCACUGGAAUCCAGUCCAAAUGUUUUCCAUAUUAGUUCAGAGCCUUCUCUGUUUCCAAAUAGGAUCUAUGCCGGGCUGUGGUUAGAGGAGGCCUCGGAAGGGAGGCAGAGAGAGAGAGAGAGAGAGAGUGAGAGAGAGACGGCACGCAGGCAGGCUCCUCCACCCCCAAAAACUGCAACGGUAGUAGUCGAGAGUACAGGAAAGAGUUUAAAGAAAAGUGGAGAUAUGGGGCAGGGGCAGAAAGAGAGCAAGAAGAAGAGAGAUGGGAGCCCGGCGCCGGAGGACGGACACAAAUGCAGAGUCUGCCGCUUCCCUCUGCUCAUCGCGCUGCUCCAGCUGCUGUUGGGGGUGGCCGUCACGGCGGUGGCCUUCCUUAUGUUGGCCGUCAGCCCCUCGCUCCUGACCAGAGAGACGCCAUACUGGGCUGGAAUCAUUCUGUGUUUGGUUUCCAUCCUGGGCUUUAUCCUGUACUGUGUCGCCUACCUCCCCGACGAGAGAACAUCUAUUCAGUUCAUUGUCAAGACCCUGUACUUCGUCCUGUGUGCAAUCGGGCUCGUCAUAUCCGUUGUGGCAAUGUCGUUUGCCGGACACCACCACUCACAGAACAGCGGCUUCAUCUGUGAGCAGGUCAGGACGGACUGCGUGUGCAAACUGGACCAAACGGACCCGAUAGCCCGCACCUUCACCUACGAGGACGUCGGCGACUGUGAGGGCGUCACCGGGACGCUGGCGCUCUACUUCCUGCUCCAGGUCGCGCUGAACCUGGCUCAAGCACUGGUGUGCGCGCUGGGGGCCUUCAUCAUGUGGAAGCACCGUUACCAGGUGUUUUUCUCCGGCCUUCAGAGACAGCUGCUGACCAUCACGGACCUGCGGGAGCUCCGUUUAAUGGCCGUCACAGGCAGCAGGACAAAAUGCCCACUGAGGGAGGAACAUUUAUAGCCAAUGUAUGUUGGAAGGUCAUUUGACACGAUGGUUGGUGCCCGACGUUGGACAGUAAGACAAUGGACAACAAGACGAAUAACAAGCCAAGACGGACAGGCUUCUCUGUAGAGCGUAAAUGACCUGAAAGGAUGAAAUAACGGAUUCUUCAACAAAAUCAGCACAAAUACAACCAAAUGAAGUCCUGAACGCUAAAUGACCUGUGAACGGACUUGUGCACAGAUCAAGAGGAAUUACAUUUCUUUGAGUGUUUACAUUGCAUCAAAAAGGGAAAAAAAUAUUAUAAAUUUGAAGAGCUCAGUUUUCUGGAUUUCUUUUUCUAGAACAGUGGCUCCUGACUCGUGUUGUCUCAUGUGUACCCACAGCUCCAGUCACAUCAAGACAUUUCAUUCACAACUUUAAAUCUUUUGAAAUGGGGUGUUGUCCAACACUAUUCAUUAUGUAAAAGUGGAUGACUGCAUGUUUGUUAAUUGGAAAUUUGCAUCAGCACAACCACCACCUGUAGGGCACAAGUUGGAUGUUUAAUUUACAAUCUACUAUACAAACUAUUUAUUCCAUCCAUUUAGUUACCUUCAGUUAUGGUACAAAUGACCUAGUGGGUGAAAGGCCCUUCCAGGAAUCCAGCUUAAGCUCUUAAUUCAAAUUUAAUUAAAAAAAUGCAAAAUGAUGUCCCGUCACAG